CAGCGAGUUGACCACAACUACCACAUUUGAACCAGAGCCACUGCGACCGCUCUUUCGCUUUGGUGCAUUCCUCUCACAUAACCGCCCGAUGUACCCUCGAACAGAGGCCAUGCCGCAGUGCAAUCCCCGAGAUGGCUGAUGUCAACAAAGCAACCGAUGGUCGAGCCCCAUACUCCCCCGCGGCAUUCGACUACACCCUUCUUCCAGACUACAACAACGACUUCAUAAACGUAGAUGAUUUCGAAGAAUUUGAAAGAGCUCUCUUCGCUCCGGAGAACUCGCCCUCGACCGAAGACCUCACCCAGCCUCAACCCGUCCAGCGGACCUUCAUCACAGCCCUCAACGACUGGCGGCCAAUAUACCAGCGCGUUCGCCCACGGAAUAAAACCAAAAAGCCUCCGCGGAGAGGCAAAGAUGAGACCCGGGAAGGAGUCGUGUACAUUAUCCUCAAGUGGCCCUUGUUGAUUCUAGUCUUCGGCUGGCUCUUCUUCUUGAGCAUAGCCUACGCCCUGACGCGCAUUUACAUCCUCCUGUACGAACAGUUGGUCACAUGGAGGGGCCGGCGGCAGAACCUUCGUGCGAGAUUGCAACAGGCCACCUCGUAUGAGGAGUGGAUGACGUCGGCGAAGGAGCUAGAUACAUUCCUGGGCAACGAAUCAUGGAAGCGGACGGAUGAAUAUGCAUACUAUGACAGCAAAACGAUCCGGAGGGCGCGGGAUCAGAUGGCCAAACUGCGUAAGAAGGCGGAGGCUGUUGAAGCUGCAGGAAACAAGACAAGGGAAGGUGCGGUUCAAGAGACAGUUGAAGAGCUCAAGGGGCUUGUGGAAAUAUGUGUGAAGAACAACUUUGCGGGCUUCGAGAAUCCCCGGUUAUACAGCGAAACUUACUAUGGGACCAAGAACCUGGUGCAGAGUUUCGUGGAUGAGGUUGAAACUUCCGUCUCUUUCCUUCUUAAGACAACUCAGCUCGAUGCGGACAGCAAGAGGGCGAUGUUGAAGCAUAUCAGCAAACAAUAUGGUCGUACAGCUUUGUGCCUUUCUGGAGGAGCCACUUUUGCCUACUACCAUUUCGGCGUUGCAAAGGCACUCAUCGAUGCGAACCUCCUGCCAGAUGUAAUAGCGGGGACUUCUGGAGGCGCUCUUGUAGCGGCGUUACUCUGCACCAGGACCGAUGAAGAGCUCAAAAGGCUCCUAGUACCUGCUCUCGCACAUCGCAUAACAGCCUGUCACGACGACACACUUACUUGGUUCAAGCGCUGGUACCGUACUGGGGCACGCUUUGACAGUAUCGAUUGGGCGAAACGUUGCGCCUGGUUCACUCGUGGCAGUAUGACCUUCCGGGAGGCAUACGAGCGAACUGGACGCAUUCUCAACGUAUCAUGCGUCCCAUCAGAUCCUCAUUCGCCAACCAUUCUAGCAAACUAUCUCACAUCUCCGGACUGCGUUAUCUGGUCGGCCGUUUUGGCGUCCGCCGCCGUCCCCGGCAUCCUGAACCCCGUCGUCCUCAUGAAGAAGAACAAAAACGGCACUCUCUCCCCCUACUCCUUCGGCCACAAAUGGAAAGAUGGGAGUCUCCGCACCGACAUUCCUCUCAAAUCCCUUAAUCUCCACUUCAACGUCCGCUUCUCCAUCGUCAGCCAAGUAAACCCGCACAUCAACCUCUUCUUCUUCUCCUCUCGCGGCUCCGUCGGCCGCCCCGUAACCCAUCGCCGUGGGCGCGGCUGGCGCGGCGGCUUCCUCGGCUCCGCUAUCGAGCAAUACAUCAAACUAGACAUGAACAAAUGGCUCAAAGUCCUGCGCCAUUUGGAACUCCUUCCCCGCUUCAUGAACCAAGAUUGGUCCGAGAUUUGGCUCCAGCGCUUCAGCGGCACGAUAACCAUCUGGCCCAAAUCCGUCGGUUCGGACUUCUACUACAUCCUGUCCGACCCUUCGCCUCAGCGCCUCGCACGCAUGAUCCACGUGGGCCAGCUCUCCGCAUUCCCGAAACUGAAGUUCAUCGCCAAUCGCGCGAAACUGGAGCGUCUGAUUCAGCAAGGGAGACGCCAGUUCCGCAUCAUGAGUAGGCAGGAUACGGGACUUCCGGAUAUCUUGUCUGAAGACGACGUCGCGGGUUUGCUGAGGCAGAAGAUGGAUGGCGGUGCGCAGGCGUAUAGCUCCGACUCGUCCGAUUCCGAGACUUAUAAACAACAAAGACCCCGGCCCGUCGCCACGCAGAAACUCUCUAGAAGUGUCACCGUACCGGGCAGUCCGUCACUAAGUAAACGCCUCUCAGGCUGGUUCUCUUCGCUCUCCCCGCGCGAAUCUUCUUCCCGCUCGAGAGAUCGUUCCCCUCUCCUGAAUCCUCGUUCAUCGCACGAUCACCGCCCAACAUCGAUGUACGAAUUCCCCGCCGUGCACGAUGAAGAGGGGCCCUCGGUGGCGGCGCAGCCGCUGGGGCAUCGGCAUAAGCGGUCGGGCAGCUUUUUAGAAGAGCUGAGAAGGCAGAGCAGGGUGUUUGUGGAUGACGAGAUUGAGGCGGAGGAUUUCCCUGCUGGAGUUAAGCAUGAGGGGGGUUAUGGGGGCGGAGGGAGUGAGGGCGGCAGCGGGGGUGGCAGUACGGGAAGGAGAGUGAGGGGGCAGGAUGCCACGGCUGGUGCAGAGGCAUUGGGGGAAGGGUUUGGGGAUGAUGAGAGGGAGCGUGAGGGCGAAGGGAACGGAGCUGUGGGGUUAGGGUUGGAACCGACUGUCGUUGGGUAGAACAACGUUGGAAAGGGUUAAUGUAAGACUGAUGGUUUCAUGAACUCGGAACACUGGAGCGCUUCUUGUAAAGGCAUCGCGGGUUUAUAUUUGCAUGAAAUGAGGGCUUUUGGUAAACAUCGGAGUAGGGAAGGUUGGCAGGAUCAUUAGAUUAGCGUCAAUUGCAUUGCAUCGUAUAGUGUUUUCAGCAGCGUAUUGGCGACACUGUAUUGUGCUCGAUAAAACAAGACAAG